GGAAAUUCUGACCCGCAGUGAGAAGAACUUCGACGCCGUCGACCAGUCCUCUCCCAUUUCCUCAGUCACCACAAUUACAGCCAGUCUACGUGACAUACCGCCAAAAUGUCGAACAGAGGUCGUGGUGCCGCCGGCAACAAGCUUAAGAUGACUCUCGGUCUGCCAGUCGGCGCCGUGAUGAACUGCUGCGACAACUCCGGUGCCCGUAACUUGUACAUCAUUUCCGUCACCGGUGCUGGUGCCCGUCUCAACCGUCUCCCCGCUGCCGGUGUUGGUGACAUGGUCAUGGCCACUGUCAAGAAGGGAAAGCCCGAGCUGCGAAAGAAGGUCAUGCCCGCUGUUGUUGUCCGUCAGAGCAAGCCGUGGCGACGACCUGACGGUAUCUUCCUUUACUUUGAGGACAAUGCUGGUGUGAUCGUCAAUGCCAAGGGUGAAAUGAAGGGUUCCGCCAUUACUGGUCCAGUUGGAAAGGAGGCUGCUGAGCUCUGGCCUCGUAUUGCUUCCAACUCUGGUGUCGUCAUGUAAUAAAGAGAAUAGGAAUAGAAACGAAGAUUUGCGAUACCAGUCUGCUGGCAUUACGGGACUCAUGCUUGGCGACCUCGACUUUUUAUAUUUCCGUUGUUUAAAAGGAACUUUUUUUCUCUCUGGACCUGGGGAAAAGCAUGUCAUGAAAUGGGCGUUUUAAUGCACUCGUGUUUGUGCUCACGCUUACGGUGUAUGAAGAUAAUUCACCAAUAUCGCGGUAGUUUUCUUUCUCCUGAAGUCGUUCUAGAAAGACAUCGAUACGGGAGAGGGAAGCGCCUCACUCAAUAAAAACCAAAAUAUGGCGAGAUGUUUUCCGAAGUAGCAGACUACAUAUAAAAAGCGUAACCUUUCACCAAUCAAAUAUACGGUUAUAUAUUCA